AUGCCGGCGGACUACCCGUUUGUGACUGGCUCGGAACACUGGAGAAGAAAAGUCCGCACCGUAUUCAAGUGCUUAGAUUCGAACUCAGAUGGCUGCAUCACUAGAGAAGACUGGGUGAUCGGGGUCCGCCGUGUUGUCCAGUAUUUGGAUAUUGAUGAUGAGAAAGCCGAACGCAUUCUAAACGAACGUCUCGCAGUCUGGAAAUCCCUCGUCAAAGACUCAGAAGACGACACAACGGCCAAGAUUUCAGUAGACGAAUAUGUGCAGCAAAGUUUAUCGUUCGUCAACUGGGUCAACUACCGACAAGAAUUGCACGUAAAACUCAUCGCGACUACUUUCAAUGGGAUGGACCUCGACGGCGAUGGGUUUAUUUCCAAGGAAGAACACGCCGCUUUUUUCUACGGUAUCCACGUCCCCGUUGAGCACUCGAAGGACAUCUUUGAUGUGAUGGACGCAGAGAAGGACGGUUUUAUAUCCCUUGCAGAGUAUGCAGAGGCCCAUAUGGAGUUUUGGUUAACUGAAGAUCCCGAUAAUAAAUAUAAUGAAUUCUUUGGACCAUUGGUCGACUAGUACUUGUACUUUCUCUUUUUAAAAGGGAUGCAUUGAAGUAAUAAGCGAGUUACGUUGAUUUGGGAAUUGGUGAUGGAAGUUUUCAAAAGCAGUGGGUAAAAUAAGUAGGGAAACUCAGCUAGCAUCAUCUCGAUGACCAGAAUGCCUUCAGAAUGCAAAACUAACACAUUUCAGCAUGAAAAACUGAGGACAUUUCCUGGAAAAAUGACAUCAAGGUAGAUGUAUAGCGCUCACUGAACGAACGGAUUUUCUGAUUAAUCCAACGAUGUGAUAUAACAUAGCAUGAUAAAACCCUGGACUUACAAACUGUACGACAUAAUAACGCAACGAUCCGCCGUUGCGAAUCGGUACCACCGUCCCAGAGUCCGUCAUACGAUCCACCAUCGCUCAUACGUUAUUAUCAGAAGUAAAACGAUAGUACAUGUUUGUUUCCUGGGACCUUCAGCAUCAGAAGCCAAAAUGGUGGAGAUACUUAAAGUCUGGGUCACACUGCGCUUGCAACCUUUUACUCUUUUUUCAAACACAAUAUCUGGCGGUCGCAUGUGAUCACUUUGCGAGCUAAUUAAGAAGCUAUGGCCAAUUUUGAUCGGCAAGCAGACGCAAACCGAUUGCAACAAGAUCUAAAAUUACAAUGUUUUGGGAACUUUUGAACAGACUACACCCUCGCCUAACUAAAGCAGUGAUGUAAUAAAAAUAUAAAUUUGAAUAUGUUUUAAUCUUUAUAAAUCUUAUAACACUCUUUUAUAUUAUCUUGUUCAUGUAUAAAUACUUGAUCUCUUUGAGGUCGCAAGGCCUGUGCGGUUACGAUCACAAUGAACAAAAAAACCUCUUUGCGACUUGCAGCUGUCACCGGUUUCAAAAAGGUCGGCGACUGGUUGUAACAACUCGAAAAGUGGUUUCCAAAUGAACGUUGUGUUAAUAUCAGGUUGCGCCAGUUUUCUGUGCAGCACCGAUAACCUCCUGGCCUCCGAAAAACCUACUUGUGGUAUCCUACCGGUUGCUAACAGGUCACCGACUGCUUUCCAACUGAUUUGCAACCGAAUGUGCGGUUUUCCCUUUGUCUUUUUAACCCCAGGCGUUUUCCGCUUACUUUUCACAGUCUCAUCCUUGUAGUAAGGAUACCAAGCACUGGAAGGAUGUUAAAUUGUAUGUAUUGAAACUAUUUUUAUUUCAGAUUA